AUGAUACAUUUGGACGGGUCCAAUGGCCUCGAUUUCGCUUCACAUGACGUUGAGAGGCUACCGAUUCGAAGAGUUCUACACAAGUCUGGAACCCUCAAGGAACUGGUGAUUCACUUGAACGAGCUCCAAGACUCCUCAAAUGAGAGCGCUCUUCUACGAGUCAAGCAUGUGGCUGUCGACUUGACGAGAGAUAUCGUGGGUACGCGUCCUGGCACAGUGCCGGGUCUGAGAAUUGUGGCCAAGCUAGCGCAUGAAACACCAUUGAAACUGUCGCUCUCGACAAUUCUACCGUCCGAGAAGCUUUUUGUUUUUCCCGUAUCGGCGUGCUGGAUCCAGAGCCCCCACGACCCUUGCACCAACUGCUUGAAACUUCUCAAUAAUGAUUUCGACGCGUACAAAUCUCACACGAGCUUUCCCUGCCUACGAGACUUGACCUAUGGGUUUACCCUUGACGGUGGGUUGCAGGAUUACAUAAGGGUGCCUCGUCCGCAUCUGUCGUUGAUCAAGAUCCCUCCGCUGGUUUCUGUUCACGACUGCUGCUUUUUGUUGGACAUUGCCCUUCCGUUCUACUCGUUCUGCAAGGACAAUCUUCUACGAAUGCUUCAGCAGGAUCCACAGGCGCGUGUGCUCGUGAUCCUAAACGACUCUGCACGCGAGGCAAAUGACUGUCUCUUGGUGAUUAAUCACUUAGACCUCGAACACCUUUUCGUCACAUUUGUCGAUAUGGACAAGUUGCGCAAGAACCCCUCGCUUGUCUCUGGAGUAUACGCGAACGAGUUUCACCACGUGCUUGUAUUUGCUCCUGGUUCGGACGCCGUUGAGGCAGCGCUCGCAGUCAGUGUUCACACGAAACUAGCCUCCACGAAGCUGCGCUAUAGUAUAGCCCUUUUUGGCGCCAAUGCCGAUUUGAAGCUCGACGCUUCAAAGAUCCCCGAAGAUAAAACUGUAUAUCGUGUGAAACUCUCAUACAAGGAUAAGUUCCUAAUGGAAGAGUUGAUAGACACGUUGGCAGGUUUCAAUGCUUCCACUAGCACGAAGAAGCCAUUGCGGUCAAUGAGUAUGGGCACUUUGAGCUCUUCAGACUCGAUCCCGAGUUCAGAACUAAUUUCAACGUCAGAAAAUGAAGAGGUUACAAAGAAAAAGCUACGAUUUAAGAAGGAAACCGAGGUGGUUGCACCGCCAAAGCUGUCCAGAACGCACAUUUCAUGGCUCUACUGUGAUGAUGACUACAAGCUCUGCACUGGAGAGGACGGCGGAUGCUUGCCUUCGAGAUGCCAGUCUACGUCAGAUAUCAAUCGGCUGUUGAGACGCAAAGUGCAGACAAGACGUGUCUUCUACACCCAUCGGCCUUCGUGUCACGUCAAAAAGAAUGUAUUUAUUUUUGCUAGCGACCAAUAA